AUGGAUUCUGACACUGAUCCUUCCAUGUCACUAGCUAGCGGCCGUCGCCGCACUCCUGCCUGCUUUGAGUGCAAAAUCAAGAAGAGAAAAUGCACCCAUCCUACUAAUGAGCCUGGUACUAUGUCUCCUGAGUUGUCAGAUGCUCGAUUGCCAGGCACCGGGAGCCUGCACGAUGAGGAGACGUCCAAGUCUUCCAAAAACGGCUAUGACAGCCUUCCAACUCCCUCAAGUAUUUCAAAAAGGACGACGUCUGUGGAACCAGCUCCCCAGAUGCCAGAGCAUCCAACUAAUAACCUUGAGGGCUCGGCUCGUCUGGGAAUCCACAGCGUAUUCUCUCGAGAGCUGGAAGGGCGAAUCAACCAAAUGCAAGCUGAACAAAAUGCUGCACGACUCGCGUUUGAGGAGGCGAUGAUGGCAGUUCAAGCUUCUAUCCACUCAGCCACGGAUGUAAUUAAGCUUGUUGAUGACUGGAAGCAGGCCUGGGAAAAGGGUCAGUAG